UGGGAAGAAUACUCCUUACAUUGGUGGUCGGUGGGAAGAAUGCUCCUUACAUUGGUGGUCGGUGGGAAGAAUACUCCUUAUCUUGGUGGUCGGUGGGAAGAAUGCCCCUUACAUUGGUGGUCAGUGGAAAAAAUACUCCUUACAUUGGUGGUCGGUGGGAAGAAUGCCCCUUACAUUGGUGGUCGGUGGGAAGAAUGCCCUUACAUUAAUGGUCGGUGGGAAGAAUGCCCCUUACAUUGGUGGUCGGUGGGAAGAAUACUCCUUACAUUGGUGGUCAGUGGGAAAAAUAUUCCUUACAUUGCUGGUCGGUGGGAAGAAUGCCCCUUACAUUGGUGGUCGGUGGAAAAAAUACUCCUUACAUUGGUGGUCGGUGGGAAGAAUGCCCCUUACAUUGGUGGUCCGUGGGAAGAAUGCCCUUACAUUAGUGGUCGGUGGGAAGAAUGCCCCUUACAUUGGUGGUCGGUGGGAAGAAUACUCCUUACAUUGGUGGUCGGUGGGAAGAAUACUCCUUACAUUGGUGGUCGGUGGGAGGAAUACUCCUUACAUUGGUGGUCAGUG